CAGGGUAGGAACCAAAUUGUUAAACUUGAUUAUAUCAUAUUCCCUUUCUCCAUCUUCCGGUGGCUCUGCAACUCGAAAUGAGCAUGACGAUGGGCGCUGCGAUUACAAUCAUUAUUGUGGCAGGUUCUCUUCUGCUAUGGGGAUGGAGCUUCCUCAACUGGAUUUGGCUGAAACCGAAGAAGCUCGAGAAGCAGUUAAGAGAGCAGGGCCUUGCCGGAAAUCCCUAUCGCCUUCUCUUUGGCGAUUCCAAGGACAUGGCGACCGCGAUUCGCGAAGCCAGAUCCCAGUCCAUCAACUUCUCUCAUCAUAUCGCUCAUCGCGCCCUCCCUUCCUCGCACCUCACCAUCAAUAAAUACGGUAAGAAUUGUUUCGCGUGGGUUGGACCAACUCCAAGAGUGUAUAUAACAGACCCUGAACAACUUAAGACUGUCUUUUCUCUCAUCAAUGACAUUCCUAAAGCCCCUUUAUUUCCUCCUGCAAGAACCCCCGGAAGUGGCGGACUUGUCUCUCUCGAGGGAUCUAAAUGGGCUCAACAUAGAAAGAUCAUCAAUCCCGCCUUUCAUACCCAGAAGUUGAAGGACAUGUUUCCAGCGUUCUUUGAGAGUUGUAAUGAGAUGAUUAACAAAUGGGAAGUGAUGGUCUCUGAGGAAGAAGAAGGGUGUUUCGAGUUAGAUGUUUGGCCCGAUUUGCAGAAUAUGACUGCAGAUUCGAUAUCUCGAACAGCAUUUGGGAGUAGCUAUGAGGAAGGAAAGAAGAUCUUCCAGUUUUUGAAAACCUGGGUUUCUUUAUUGGUAGCACGCCUAACAAAGGGUGUCUAUAACAUUCCGGGAUGGAGGUUUGUACCAACCCAGAUGAAUAGGAAGAUGGAGGAGGUUAAUAGAGAAAUAAAAAGUAUGGUUUGGGGAAUUAUAAGCAAGAGACAAGCGGCUAUGGAGGCUGCUCAAGUUUCUAAUAAUGCUGAUCUUCUUGGGAUACUUUUGGAAGAAAAUAAGAAAGAUGCUGUUGGAAUGUCUAUGGAGGAUAUCAUUAGUGAGUGCAAGCUUUUUUAUUUUGCUGGCCAAGAAACGACGGCCUCGUUGCUUGUUUGGACGAUGGUUCUACUUGGUCGGUAUUCGGAAUGGCAAGAUCGAGCAAGAGCGGAAGUGCUUGAUGUUUUUGGUGAAGACAAGAAAGUAGAUUUUGAUGGUUUAAAUCGUCUCAAAGUAGUGAGUAUGAUACUAUAUGAAGUUCUCAGGUUAUAUCCUCCCGUUGGAAUCUUAGCUCGAGGAAUACACAAGGAAACAAAGCUUGGAAACUUGAUAUUGCCGGGUGGGGUGUCAUUAGGCAUACCAAUCAUUCAUAUCCACCACGAUCACCAAAUAUGGGGUGAAGAUGCAGAUGAGUUCAAGCCAGAGAGGUUUUCAGAAGGAAUUUCCAAAGCAACAAACAAUAAAGUUUGCUUCCUACCAUUUGGAUGGGGUCCUCGAAUUUGUGUUGGUCAAAACUUUGCCAUGAUUGAAGCAAAAAUAGCACUAUCAAUGAUUUUGCAGAGCUUCUCCUUCCAACUUUCCCCAUCUUAUACUCACUCUCCUGCUUCAAAUGUCACUGUUCAACCACAACAUGGAGCUCAUCUCAUCCUCCGUAAGCUCUAAUAGUUUCAAAGUUCAUAUAUCAUUCCCUUUUUGUGUUGUAUAAGUUAUGUCUAAUAUAAAUAACUCAAUCAUUCAGACAUUAUAAUAUACUUUGAUUUAGCAAAAAUAAAGUGUGUUCAUAA